AGGAAAAUGGAGAUCAUAAUUAGGUGGGUUUGUUCAUUAUUUGUUUCUGGUUUUGGCGUGCUUCGUCGCGUUUACCGUGCUGUGCUGGUCGGCAACGGCCUCCUUUCUCUCUUUUUGGCUCACCAAGUUUAUGAAAUCUUUCCGAACUCUAGUACUGCUCUCGCUUCCCUAUUCAAUCUUUCUCUUUCUAAUUUCAUUUUUGUUAUGGAAAAUUAAGAACAUCUUUUCCAAAUUCAGUAGCUGACUGCAGAUUUUGAGAUUCCUGUUCUCAUUCUCCCUUUUUUUUUUCCCAGUUGAUUGCUCAAAAAUCAAAAUUGCUGGUAACGAUGAGGUAUGCCUUGUUCGCGUUUGGGACUUUUAGUGUAUUGUUUUGGGAUCCCAUCAAUUGUACUGAUGGUGACUUCGAUUGCUGAAGGCUUUUUAAAAACCCAAUCUUAGUUCAUCUUGAAUUUGAUAUAAGGGCAAGUGUAUAUAGAGGAUAUUCUUACUUGUGUAAUUGCUUUCAGACAUUAGUUUGAGUUUGGUUUUGCUGUGUGGGGUAAAAAAUGGUUGGAAAUUCUUUAGCUCCGGUUUCAACAUGCCCUGUUGCGUUAUCUUCUUCAUUGAUUAUUGUUCCGCCUGGUUCUUCAAGCUUCUUGCCUUGUCUUCCAUUGAGGCAACGAAAGCGGCUCAUGCGGGUAAGAGCUAUGUCAGCAGAUGCAGGACAUGGCCAAGCUGCUUCUUCUUCCUCUUCUUCAGAGAAAAAGAAUCCACUUGCAGUUGUUUUAGAGGUUCCUCAAAGUAUUUGGAGGCAAACAUUGAAGCCAUUGAGUGAUUUUGGGUUUGGAAGGAGGAGCAUUUGGGAAGGUGGGGUGGGUUUGUUUCUUGUGUCAGGUGCAGUCCUCCUUGCUCUUAGUUUGGCUUGGUUGAGGGGUUUUCAGUUACGCUCCAAGUUCAGGAAGUAUGUGGCUGUAUUUGAGUUUGCUCAAGCUUGUGGUAUUUGCACAGGAACCCCAGUUAGGAUUAGAGGGGUAACUGUUGGCAAUGUCAUCCAAGUUAAUCCUUCCUUGAGAAGUAUUGAAGCAGUUGUUGAGGUUGAAGAUGAUAAGAUAAUCAUACCUAGAAAUUCGCUGAUUGAGGUGAAUCAGUCAGGUCUUCUUAUGGAAACAUUGAUUGAUAUUACCCCUAAAGAUCCGAUUCCAUUACCUUCUGUGGGACCUCUUGAUGCUGAAUGUGUUAAAGAAGGUCUAAUUGUAUGUGAUAGGCAAAAGAUAAAGGGGCAUCAAGGAGUAAGUUUGGAUGCAUUGGUUGGGAUAUUCACCCGGCUCGGACGUGAAAUGGAGGAAAUUGGUGUUUCUAAAAGCUAUUCAUUGGCUGAGCGUGUUGCUGCUGUUAUUGAAGAGGCAAAGCCACUGCUUACAAAGAUUCAGGAAAUGGCUGAAGAUGUUCAACCUUUGCUAUCUGAGGUUCGUGAUAAAGGUCUCCUUAAGGAAGUUGAGAAUUUGACCAGAAGCCUAACACAAGCCUCUGAAGAUCUGAGAAAGGCACAUACAUCAAUUAUGACCCCAGAGAACACUGAGCUGAUUCAGAAGUCCGUAUACAGUCUGAUAUUUACUUUGAAAAACCUUGAGAAUAUAAGCUCUGAUAUUCUUGGAUUCACGGGUGAUGAGGCUACAAGAAAGAACUUGAAAGCACUUAUCAAGUCUCUCAGUAGGAUGUUAUGAAGACGAGUGAAAGAUGAAAAUAGCUCGGUAGGUUUUAAGGUUGAUUUGAUGCUGGAAAUGGUUUCUUUCAAUAUCAAAAAGAAGAGAAACCAAUUCUGGAUAUUACAGGUCUCCAUUUUGAAUAGAGGGUACUUAUUGUAUUCUUUUGAAUCAAAUUCUGUUGGAUGUUCAGAGAAGCUUUUCAAUAGAAGCUCUUUUUGUGAAAGAAAA